GAAAUGUACCCAGAAAGCGUUCUGAGAGCUUCCCCUUUGCUGUCCUGCUGUGACUAAACACAACACUGCCAUAUUUGAUCCAAGUUUGGCAAAGCAAGGAUAUGAACAGUUCUGCAGGUGAGCUUCUCAGGGCGUGUGAAGCCAUAAGGCGUCCAAUCAGGGUUUGGCCACCUGCAGCCCUGCCAAUAUGCCCCUCCACCAGAUUUCUGUAAUCCCUGCCCGGGAGACAGCCAGCAAUGGGAGAAGCUCAGUGGGCCGAAACAAAGAGAAGAACAAGGAAGUCGAGAAUGAAAAGUCCCCAGGGCGAUCUGCAAGUCGAUCAAGUAACAUAUCAAAAGCAAGCAGCCCAACCACAGGGACAGCUCCCAGGAGCCAGUCAAGGUUGUCUGUCUGUCCGUCUACUCAGGACAUCUGCAGAUCUUCCAUCUUGCAUGACAUGUCAGAAGAUGCAUUUGAGCACGGCAGCCCUGUCAUGGUGCUGAGCCAGGCUAGAAAGGAGUCUGGUCAGAAAGCAGUAAAACAGAAGCCUAGGAGGAGGAGGAGGGUCUCUCAGAGGUAUGAGCACUCAGAAGAGCAAGUGAAGGGGAGAAGAAAGGACUUUCACCUCCAGAUCUCAAGUCCCAGGUGGAGAGAACUUAAUACGGACACAUCAGAUUCCUCAUCCACAGAUGAGAGUCACUGGGUUCAGGCAAAAAGACGGGCUCAGGUUAAAUUCAGACUGUCUCGAAGAAGGAGAAGUAACAUUAAGCCAUGUGGGACCUUGGCUGGGUCCUCCACCCCUGACAGAAUCGAACUUGUUGAGCUGGGAUCCAAAGGUGAACAGCACCAAGAGCUGAUGGAAUGUGAGAGUCAUUCUUUAAACAUCUGUAGAGGAAAAGUCACAAAGUACCAAGGAUGCAGCUCUCCCCAGCCAAGGGGGUUCAUGGAGAAGAAACCCCCAGGGAGCCCUUCAGGGAGUAAAGGCAGAUGCUGCCCCAGAGAAUCUCAGCUCUUGCACACACUUAGGGAAAAAGAAACCAUUACAAAAAGAUUUGCAGAAACUGAUUCCGAUUCUGAAAUGCUGGCAGCUACAGAGGGGGGCGAGCAUGUGGCUGGCUCGGGGCUCCGAGUGAGUACCUCCUCUCAGAAGCCUACUGAUGUCUGUGAUGAUGGCUCUGAUAAUUUCGCAGUGUGCAGGAUCUGUCACUGCGAAGGAGAUGAGGAGAGCCCGCUCAUCACACCCUGUCGCUGCACAGGAACCUUGCGCUUUGUCCACCAGUCCUGUCUCCACCAGUGGAUCAAGAGCUCGGACACUCGAUGCUGUGAGCUCUGCAAGUAUGACUUCAUAAUGGAGACCAAGCUCAAGCCUCUUCGGAAGUGGGAAAAGCUCCAGAUGACCACGAGUGAGAGAAGGAAAAUAUGCUGCUCCGUCACAUUCCACAUCAUUGCCGUGACCUGUGUGGUGUGGUCUCUGUAUGUGCUGAUCGAUCGGACGGCAGAGGAGAUCAAGCAAGGUAACGACAAUGGUGUGCUGGAAUGGCCAUUUUGGACAAAACUGGUUGUGGUGGCCAUUGGCUUCACAGGAGGUCUCGUCUUCAUGUACGUACAGUGUAAAGUCUACGUUCAACUGUGGCGUAGGCUGAAGGCCUACAACCGUGUCAUCUUUGUGCAGAAUUGCCCAGACACUGCCAACAAACUGGAGAAGAACUUCUCAUGUAAUGUGAACACGGAAAUCAAAGAUGCCGUGGUUGUACCUGUGCCCCAGACAGGUUCAAAUUCACUGCCACCUGCAGAGGGCGCCCCGCCCGAAGUCAUCCCGGUUUGAUGGCGCUGGAGGGCAACUUCAUCACAGAAGGUUCUUUGCAGCCCUUGCCACAACAUUCAGAAAUGCUUCUGCUUUGGUGGCUUCCUUGUCUUCUCCGUUCCCCUACUGACUUGUUUGUCCUGACUUGGAGCAAAAAGGAAACGAGGAGAAAAUAGCAAGUGAGCAAGAUCCCAAGAAGCAGAGCCUGUAGUGAGACCUGCAAAGGUGAAGGGUCUGAGGGAGUGAGUGCGUAAGGAACGCUUGGUACACGCAAGGCUUCCAGCGAUGAAAGAUUGGACGGACAUGUGAUCCUCUUUCAGUCAACGCAGAGAGAAUCCCAGAUCAGACCUCAGAUGCGGUCUACGCUUCUUUAGAGAGUUCAGUAACUGGAAGGGACACACAUCUGGUCCUAAGCCUGAAACUGUGUGCGUCGUCCCGGAGUCGUCACCUCGGAGGCGAGCUUGGAGGACUUGAGGUUUUUUUACACUUUGACAGCUGAUUUUUCUGGCUAUUGUGAAGUCUUGUUAUUUUGACAGAUGCAUGUUUUUAAAUGGAUGCGAAACACAUUUGAAGACAGAAAUGUUUGGAGUUUUGUUUCAAUUUAAAUCAUGAAGAGUUUCAGAGCAUUGUGGAGCUUAGCUAGCGCCGGGUUCUGAAAGGGACCAUCAUGCCGUGCUUUAUCUGGUUCUUCUCCCACAGUGCUCGAAAACAGACACAUAACAUGAGUUGAAAAUGCAGAUGUAAAUUGAAAUCUCCUAGUGUGCCCCAUUAGGAAAAGUAAAAAUAGGCCAAUUUUUAUAAUUUAUUCAGCAUUAUAUAUACAGGUUAUUUUAUGUCAUCAGUGGAAAAGAAUAUUAAAAUAGCUCUCAUCUUUUUCUUGAACCAAGUCUUCAAAAUCCAGCAUGUAUUUAUGACACACUGCAAUCUGAACGAAGUAUGUUGGACAGGAUCUAAUUAAAGAUAUUGGACAGCAAAGCCUUUUCAUUAAAAACUACACCUGUCUCACUUAACAGCUGAACACUUCAAAACAGCAGUUUAAUCCAUUAUUUUGUUUUGCAGUUUCAUUUAAGCAUUGAUUUACAAAGCAUUAAACUCAUCAAAUUACGUAUUCCAUCUUGAACUCGGUGAAGGUACAACUUCUCAAAGGGAUGAAAAAACAAAAGUAUGGGGAGUCAGUGCAAUCUGUAGCUAUGUUAUGAAGUUAACUUCUGCGUGGUUCCCAUAAAGUAAUCAUGAGAGGGAAAUAAAAAUUAAGUAUCUUGUUACUAAACCAGAUGUGUUAAGGCUUUAAAAAUCCAUAUGGAGUGUCAAUGUGACAGGUGAGCUUCUUAACUAAGGAUCUCAACCAUGUUCACACCUGACAGCAUUCGCUUACUUGGAAGUAAAAAUAUUCUCGAUUCUAUGGUGAGUGAUGAGCUGGUUGUCAGUUCAACUGUUGAGUACCGUGUUCUAUACAGAUUCACAUAAAUUGAUCGGACAUCGAGGUGAGCUAGGUAAAUAACCAUACAAAGUUAUCUGUCAAAGAUCACAUUUUUAAAAAGUGACGUUUUUAGUUAGCUGUCAUUAUUUAUUGUCCUUAAAAGGCAGAGAUGGCCAUUGAAACCAAAGCAUGGGCAUCAUGUUGCACAAAGCUGGGCACCACAUCCAUGCACUUUGUAAUUAUCAGUGUUUGUUUUUCUUGAAUUAUCAAAGGAAAAGGGAAAAAGAAUCUUUCAAUGAGAAGAGUAUGAUAUUUGUAGUGAUUGACACUGGGUCCAAUUAGUCCCAUCCUUAGAAAUAAAGACAUAGUAAACAAUGUCAAUUGUGUGUGUGUUUGACGUGUAUAUUCAUGUACAUAUACAAGAGAAAUGUUAGAAUAUCCAGUCAGGAAUCAAAAGCUUAAAAACUCAUCUUUCUUAAAACUUGUGGGAGGGACAAGGAUUAAGUAUGCAGGGAGAAUAUGAUGAACACGAUUAAACUGGACCAGACCUCCGGGACAAAUAAGGAUUCGUAAGACAUAAAGAAAAAGACCCAAACAUGAAACUUUGUAUUAAGUUCCUGAAUAGUUUUCAUUUUAGAGAUUUAAGAUGAAUAUGAACAACAAAGAAUGAAUGAGUUGAUCAUGACUUCGGACAAGAAAUAUUCAGUUUUCCUAUUUCUCCUCUAAUUCUUUUUGGUAGGUACACAACUAAUCCCAGCAUUCGGGAGGUUUAAGUUAUUCUUUGCUAUACAGGGAGUCCAAACAGAAGCCAGCCUAGGCUAGGAGACCUUUUCCCAAAAACAAAACAAGACCAACAACAAGCUUUAAAACUGAACAAAUAAAGCCAGUUUUGAGACCAUCUUCGCACAUCUGAGUGGUAACGGGGUUUUCACUUAAUAACAACGAAAACGUUUGGCUUUGGUGACCUGACUUAGAGCUCAUGGAGAGACCUGCUUUUCAGAAUGACAUCAUCGUGAGGUGUGUUUACCUGCUCUCAUGUACAAAAUAAAGUGAGCUGAAACCUAAAACUGGAUUGCUGAGCUUAGUGUUAAACCAGAUUUUUACAAACACAAAGUGAAGCUGGGGUAUCAGAAGUGCUAUAAACCACAGACAUUGAAAAUGUUCCUGUCAAGAGUUGACAUCUCCAUUCGUUAUAAUUAAAUAUUCAAUUGAAAAGGAAUUAAAUUAAAAGACAUAAAAGUGGAGCUCAGAGUUGGGAGAGAUAGAUCAGUGCUUAGGACAUUCUGCUCUCAUAGCCGGUCCUGGUGAGUUUCCAGUACCCACACAACAGUUCACAAACACAAUAUCUGCUCCAGGGUCCAAACACCUUCUUCUGGGCUCUGAAGGUAGCCUCCCCCUGCCCACACGGACAGAUACAUACAUAAUUACAAAGAACAAAUCUAAAAAAUGAUGUCUCCCUCCCCAAGCGGAUUAACUUUAAAUAUAAAAUAACAAAACCCUACAAAAAUAAAGAAAAAAAUUGUAACUUUGACUCUCAAUAACCCAGAAUUAACUGCAUGGCAAUCUUUCUCAGAAUAUCCCAGGAUCAAAACUCCACCCAGAGCUGCCGCUAUAGGUAAUGAUAUUCCACAAGAACCUUGUACUUAAGCCUUUUCUCCGUGGAAAGGACCUUGGGUACCCUUCAGACACUUACUCUUCUGCUGAAAUGAGGUCACUGGCACACUGACAUUAUGAAAAUCUCAAUGGUCGGGGUGGAAAGUAGCAAGGCCACUUAUGCCACCUGUCGGAUAUAACUUACCUGGCGUUGCCAGUGUUAAUAUUUUGGGGAACCUAAAGCUUGCCACUGUAAUUGCUAUAAAGUUGUGUCCUUCCAUCAGCUCAAUGGUGCUAUUUCACACAAUGACACAACUGAAAGGAAGUGCUGUCGUUUGGGGCUGCAGCCGCACGUCUCCCACACCUGAAGAAACCCACGUUGAAACCUGAGGAAAUGCUCAAAGGAGGAAGUAUUUUAACUGUGUGCAAUUUUUGAGACUGGGCAUUUGUACUUCUUUAGUUUUAUCUAAUUGUCUUUCAUUAACAAUUUCCUGUUUGUGAGUAAUGUGUGCUUAAGACAAACUAAGGGAACGGUCUGUGAACAACUUUGUAUAUUAAACAAAUGCUCCGAA